AUGGGAACAGAGGUGCUCCGCCCGCACGACUGCCUUGCCCGCGCUAGGCGGCCGCGGCCGCUGCGCCCCGCCGCCGGGAGGAGGACGGAGGCGCGCCUGGGCCGUGAUGCUCGCGGCGGCGACAGGUGGAGCCCCUCGGCGGCGGUGACGGUGCCGAGGCAGGUCGUUGUACGGACCAAGGUGACGGUGGCGGACGCGUACGCGGGGCCGGCGUUCGGCGCCAUGUCGCCGUCGCCGCGGGCGCUGCCGCUGCCACGGUUCUCCUCCAGGACGGUCGCCGACGACGCGACGGUGCCAGGCGUGGACGACGCCGCCACGCGGGAGCUUCGGCGGCUGCUGGGGCUCCAUUGA